AGCCAGCAGCAUCGCGGCGGCCGUCCCUCCCGCGGACACCCUCGGCUCCGCGCGCCAGCUACCAGAAUGGCUGAGGUGACCACUGCCCCCAGCGAGACGCACACUCUCGGGAAUGAGUAUGGGGACUACCACAACUGGACGGAGCUGUUCCACCUCCUGAACUACACCUUCACCUUCUGCGAGUUCAGCCUGGAUGAGAACGUCAAGCGGGUGGUCCUCUUCAUCCUUUACCUGGUCAUCUUUGUCGUGGGCUUGGUGGAGAACCUCCUCGUCAUCUGGGUCAACUGGCAGACACGGGGCAACAAGAGCUUGGUGAACCUCUACAUCAUCAACAUGGCCAUCGCUGACCUCGGGGUGCUGCUCUCGCUGCCCAUCUGGAUGCUGGAGGUGAUGCUGGACUACACUUGGCUCUGGGGCAGCUUCCUCUGCCGCUUCACACACUAUUUCUAUUUUGCCAACAUGUAUGCCAGCAUCUUCUUCCUUACCUGCCUGAGUGUAGAUCGCUACGUAUCCUUGACAACCUCCUCCGUCUUCUGGCGUAAGCACCAGCACCGCGCGCUGGUAAAUACUGGAGAGCCCAUCUGCAUCUUCAUGGCCCCCUUCGAGACCUACGAUGACUGGGCCCUGGCGGUCAGCUUAGCCACCACCACCAUCGGGUUCCUCAUCCCUUUCCCCAUCAUCACCGUUUUCAACAUCCUGACGGCCAGGUACAUCAAGCGCACCAAGCCAGAGAGCAGGAAGCACUGUCUGCUCAUCUACGCCUACAUCGUCGUGUUCCUUCUCAGCUGGCUGCCCUUCCACAUCAUGCUCACACUGCUCACCCUUGACGGCAAUCACAUCAUCCUCCACUGCACCUUUGCCCACUUCCUCUACUUCUUCUAUGACAUCAUAGACUGCUUCACCCUGCUCCACUGCGUUAUCAACCCAAUCCUCUACAAUUUCCUCAGCAAAAACUUCCGCAGCAAGCUCAUCUCUGCCGUGGUUAAAUACAUCCCCAAAGAGCAAGCCAGCCAGAAAGGUGCAGACAGUUCCUCCUCCACCACGCAACACUCCAUAGUCAUCACAAAGGACAGCAACCCACCCAAUUAAGCAGGGACCGGACUCUCCUACUCCUCACUGGCAAGUGGUCCCAUGGGAGUCACCAGCUUCCGGGACUCACUGAGGUCAGUAAGAUUAUUUUCCCUGGAGAUAAGCAGACACUUUGCUUUUAAAUAGCAUUUCUUGGCUGGCCACCUACUGUGCUCUGAAGGCAAGGGGAGGGGCAGAGUGCCAAACGUGAAAUGAGGUGGUGUGGGGAGCAACAGACAUUUGUCUCUGAUGUGCUGCUGUAUCAGAUCUAUUUAGCUAGAGAACAAUAAGAGAAAGAGAGAUUUCCUGUUUUUCAAAAGAAACAUUUGUAGUAAUAAAGUAUAUUACUCUGUCUGCUCUGAAGUCUGAACACAAAGCCCACCAACAGGACCUGACCUGACCCUCCUACUUCCCCCUAGCUGCACAGCUCAUGGAACAAGCAAUACUUUUCCUUUACCACAAGUUUUUCCGCAAUCCCAGACUUUCACUUACACACGCGCUUUGCGUAUGCCACACCGUAAAGGUGUCAAAUGAAAGCUGCCCUUUUGCCAUGAUGCCAACCCAAGUAGGAAAGACAGGAAAUUCAUUCCUUUGAAACACAAACCUUACUUUCCAGUGCCCAGCAAAUAGCCGAAUGCCUGACUUUACAAAAACUAAGGUGAUGAAGCCUAGAGGUGCAGAGCACAACGCAGAACUGAGCUUUAAACAUUCAAGAUCAGCCACUUAGAGCAAUUUUUCAAACCCAGCAGUAAAUAAGAGAUGGUUAAAACCAGGUUCCACCAUGUCUCUGUGCUUUCGCUGUGACCGGUGAUAUCAGAUUGGGGGACAGGGGGUUUCCAGUUUGUGUUUUGCAGAAAGAGACCCAUCCCAUUAACAUCAGCCUCCUUUAAAGCCUCUCAUGUCAGGUUUCUAAGGUCACUCAGCACAUUUCUAAAUUUUGGCAGAGGCUCCAGCAGUCCUUAUGCAUAUUCCCUUCAACCAAGGUCACAAGAUCUCACAGUGCACGCUUUCAAUGUAUAUGUGCACAAAGCCUUAGCAUUUGAGCACAGGCUGAGUUUUUCUGUUACAUAAGAAACUAGAGCAUCUGGAGAAAGUUCAUCUUUGCCUGGAUUCUGCUCAGUCACAUGCUGCAGGUCAAGUCCUUGGUAGGGGAAGGUGAAAGAGUGACAGCCUCUGGGAGUUAAUAAAUCUACCAAAGGCCUUGAGCUGCUUAAGAAACACAGAGCAUAAACAAAUUGGACAGGAUCUGGGGACAGGAUGCUUGCACCACAGAAGCAAUGGGUGGAGGGCAGGAUGUUCCAGAUUGCUGGAGAAGCCCAUGUCCAGGGGUUAACAUGGAAUCACAGCUAUUAUGGGAAGUGCUGGGAGCAGCUCUGCUAUUUAGAGGGGUCCGACGCCAGGGUAAACUGCAAAGCACUCGAGGGCUCCUUGUGCACAAGGAUGCUCUUUGUUACUACCAGAAGAAAGGGCACUUGACUGUGGAGGGGAGCAGCUAGGGAAGAAGUCAGUCCCCUCAGAUUCAAACAGCAACUUGUUAAGAGAAGCAGCUUAUAUCCACUCCUCUUUCUUACGUUAAUUAUACGGUUGAAAAUAAGUAGAACAGCUUAGACUUUGGGGCAAACACCAUCCUUUUAGAUCUGCAUCUAUAGAGCACUUUUCCUGCUUCAUCCCUGUGACUCUCCUGGGCACAAAUACACGCAGUAAAACAGAGCAGCCAUAAAGACAGGCGAACGUUAGCAAGAAAGCAGCCACUUACCACUGACCUGACCCACAGUUCUCAUCCAGAGCAUGCCUGAAUCUUCUUUAAAACUUCCUUUUGCUAAUGCUCUGCCAUUUUCACUAAAGAAAUCAGAGGCUAGUACACAAUAAAAAGACAUUUGAUAUGUGACAUAACCAGGACAGCGAUAUAUUCAGUUUCAAGUUACUUAAACAUUUGAAACUCAAUAUUUGACGUAUUAAACUUUUAACUCUCCUAAUGCACCUGCAACUUUGUGUACCGUAAUUCAUAGGCCUCAAGGCCAGAGAGGCCUCAAAUGAACCCACACAACACCAUGCAGAAUUGCACCUAGUGCUUCCCCCACUGAUUUGGGGUUGAAAUCCAGCAAGUCUUUCACUGGAUCACGUGGCCUUCCUUGAAAGUUUUCACCACCUCUUUUGGUAAACUGCCCCAGGAAUGGGUUCCUUUAGCAAUUACCACAUAUAUACUCUCAAGCCAUGCUCCAAGCCUUGAAUUUGUCUAGUGUCUGUUCCUGGUCACUGGUCCUAACUUCAGCAUGCCCAAUUUCUCAAUCUGCUGCGCUGGCAGGCACGCUCAAGCAAAUAAAUGUGCAUGCUGCUCCUUGUCUCCCAAGAACUGCAGCCUUCCUGCAGGGAAACCACACUUCUGUCUUUGUCCAAGAUUCGCUCGAGAGACUCCUCCGGGAAGCAGCUUCCUCAUUUGUUUAUCACAGCUCAAUAUGCAGUUCACCCUAACCCUGAACUGAGAAGGAAGCCUUGUCCCUGGAGAAAAGCAAAGCUGAAACAUCUCUUGAAAAAUACCAGCAGUGCCUGCCUUCUCAUUUGGCUUGCCAGUCAAAAGCAAUGAGCCUGUAAGGGUCUAAUUCUCAGUUAAAUACAGCACUGGCAGCAACAAAAGGGGCUUAACAAGAAACACAAACCCAGAGAAUCUCCUAAAUGGUUUCUAGGGCAAAGCAGAGUGGCUAAUAAGGGCUCUGCUACCAACCUGUUAUAGAAACAGUUUGCAGUGAUGCCAGAACAUGCUCUUCUCUAACUGCUCCUGAUGCUGGGAGGGAGGUGACUGGGAAGAAGUCCUGGGGCUGCUCUGACUUAUGCCACAAAUCUUGCAAAACAUUGCACACAGCAACACAGGAGCAGGAUAACAGGAACGGGUCACUCUUAAAAAGAGAGAAAUGCCAAUCUGCAAAUGUAAAGAAACAAUUUUUUAAAAGAAACAAGGUACAAGUGAUCAACAUUUUUCAUUUUAUUAUUCUAAAUAAAAACCACACUUUGUGCUGAACAAUGGAGUAUAAAAGAACCCGAUGUACAACGAUUUUAGACAUCUACUAUUUGGGGGGAAAGUUUACAAAAUAUACAAAACUUUACAGCAAAUAGAUAGUAAACACUUAAAUAUCAGGAGGUCAGUACCUACUAUUAACUUAACAAAAAGGUUAGACAGCAAUUCAACUCUUUUUCUUUCUUCUCGUUAAUUAUUUUGUUAAGAGACCUGGAUCCUUUGAGAAAGGGGAGAAUAAAACAGAACUGAAUUUUGUGUUUUAAAAAUUAGAGUAAGACCAGUAUCAAAGUACUACCUUCUGGAGGUGCAUUUUGUGUCAGGGUUUCAAGCCAACUAGCCUUGAAGCCACGUAGAGCAGCUGCUCCUUGCCUGAGCUGUCCCCGCUGUGGAAGUCAAAGGCAUGCAGCUCACUUCAGGCUCCAGUAGUAUGUGAGAACCCACAACCAAACAAAACCCUGCAAAUGCAGUUGGGAAAACUAACAGCAAAGUAUUUUCCUUCUAUAUUCCCCUAUUUCAUCCCAAGGAUCCCAAAGCACUUUACAAACAUGAAUUAAACCUCACAGCCUCCCCGAGUGAGGUAGGUAAUUCUUUAUUGUCCCCCACUUUUACAGACGGGGAGGGAGAAGGGCGGGGAAGCGAGGCGAACAGAUUUGCCACAGGCCGCACAGUGAGUCAGUGGCAGAGCGAGGAACAGAACCAGGAGUUGCGUUUCUGCUUCAGCCCACUGGACACUACUGCUUCCCCAACUGCUGCAAACUGUGCUUUGCUUCCCAAGCAGAGCUGCAGCAUGGUUGCAACCUGACCCUCCUGACCCCGGUGCUGCUGGACGUGGCUCAGAGAGCCACUGCCAUCACCAGGAUGCGUUUGCUGCGACACAGUUGGGUCAGACCUACAGCCCCUUCGGCCAAAGCAGCCUGCUUUGGAUUCAGGAUUAAAGCCCAGCAGAGAAUCCUUGUCUGUCAACUCUGUCCGAUCCCACCCUCCAACACUGGAGCUCCUCGCCAGUGACCGG